GUUAACGGAGUUACAUUAUAUCCAUAGGUGGAAGACAGUACGAGUUCUAUAAAAUAUAAAUACCUCCACCGUUUUGAUCAAAAAAAAUAAAAAUAAAUACCUCUACCGUUUGUUUAGUAACGGAGUUGCAAUAUAUCCGUAAAGAAGACAGUACGAAUCUGAUUUAUAAAUACCUCACAUCGUCUUCUUGAACCACUUUUGUUCUCUAGCUAUUAUACAGUUCGCAUCAAAUCAAAAUUAGAGUUACAGAUUCUCCGCUAAGAGUGUGAGGACGGUGUUGAGAUCACACAACGAUGGAGGUAUUUGGAAAAUCUUCAGCCAAUGUUAUUUACUUGUCUGCGAUACUGGGGCGUCGUGACGGACCCGACCCGAGUCACAAAUGUGACUACAAAUGCGAGAACGAGAACGUUUGUGGGAACAUGUACCGUUGCAAGCUAACCGGGUUAACCCACGUCUGUGACAAGAACUGCAACCAAAGGAUCCUUUAUGAUAACCAUACCUCUUUGUGCCGAGCUAGUGGCCGGAUCUUCCCGCUCUCCUCGGCUGAGGAACAGGCGGUUAGAGGUGUCCGUAGGAAGCUUGAUGAUGAGAGUCAGCCCUCUGAGAGCUGCGUUAAGCGUCGUCGGCGUGAUGCUCACUUUCAUUCUUCUCCUUUUGAGAGGUCUUUCGGUGUUGUUAGCCCGAUCUGCAGCCGAGCUGGGGAUGGAAUGGAUAUGAACUAGAAGAGGCUUUUCUUUUAUCUGCUCACCUACAAUAAUAUAUAACACUGCACAAUAAGAGACGUUAUUCAUGUGCUUUUACAGGGAGAGUUGCUCCCUGUCUGAUGAAGCAUUUUUUCUCUGUGUUGUUGAACUUUAUGUAGUAGUUAUAACUUAGGAGACACUUUGUGAUUCUGCUACUCUGUUCUGGACUUUCUUCUUUUAAUAACUAGGUGAAGUAGAAUAAUAACCCACUUGUUUCAUCUUCUGCUACUGCUUCUUUGUCCUUGUGUUUGUAUACAGGGUAGAGGCAGCCUUUCUUUGGUUGUGUAUCUGUUUUGGUUUGUUCUUAACUGUUACAAGAUAGCAUUGGUGAUUCCUGAUAAGUUUAUUACGACAGGUUCUUCAAGAUGAAGAAUCCUUUUGGUUUGUCAUCCUGCAGAAUAUUCUUUUGUCCUUUUGAUGGAGACAUGAUUGAUUACAACCUAUACUUUGUUUAAGAUCAAGUUUCUUCUUUUACAUGAUUGAUGAGCCCUACAAGUCCUGAAUUCUUUUAUGUGUGUGCAGGUUUCAUAGUGUUGUCAUGCAGGACAGCUAAAUUGUCAUUACUCUCUCUUUACAAUGAACCAAUUAUUUUGACUGAUAUGUUUCUCAAAUUUCAAGUGUUUUGAGGGGUAAGUCUUAACAAUUGGAAGCUUCCUUGUAGGUACAUUUAUGAUCUCAACAGGCAACUAGGGGGAGAGGAAGGACGGGUAUAGAAGAAAGAUAAUACAUUAGCUAAUGACAUAGACUACAUGGUAAUUUUGCAUUGGAUAAACUGUGGCAAAUGUCAAAUUAUUUUCUUUGGUUUGUUUAUGCUGCAAGUUUUUUUGGCUUCUGUAUCACCCAGUCAUUUUUUUUUCAUUCUCUCUUCAUGUGUCUGAGGAUCUGUUUUUUUUUCCAACAUCUCCCAAACUUUAGUUUGUUGAUUAAGACAACAAGUAUUGACAUCUUACGUCAACGGAUUUGGACAUUUUACAUCUUACAUCUUACAUCUUGGCGAGAGAACUAGGUCCUGGUAUGUAUUACUAUUAGCAUAUACUAGCAAUUACUGGUUCUUCAUUUAUUAUAUUAUACUGAAGGUUUCAUACUCUUUGGAAUUUGAAUUUAAUGUUCUUAGUAGCUGAAUACAUAAAACUUUAGUUUUGGUUAUAAAAUCAUUCCUUCAGACUAGUAAAAUAGGCCAUAGGUCAACAUUUUUUAAGUCUAUCACUAGUUGUUUUCAUUGAUAGCCUGAUAAAAAAAGAUUACAUAUAGCCAUGUUAUAUAGCUAUAUACUAGGGGUAUUCCGGCGCUAGGGUUCGCACUUGUAUAUAUUUUUUUUUGGUUUUUAUAUGCUUUCAUUUAUAUAUGUUGUAAUUUAUUUUAUAUCUUGUUUAGUUAUAAAACUUCUAAUAUUUGACUAAUUUUUUUUUCUAGGAUAGGUCCAGCUUAAAAAUCACACAUGAGUUAACAUUGUGACUUCUAUUUCAAUAGAAUAGAUUAUGUUAUUUCUUUUUUAAGGUAGUAUAAUAUUUAACGUAAUUCUGUUUCGAAAAUAUAGGAAAACAUUUUAAAAGGUCACGGCAAUAAUAAAUAAGUGAGAUUGAUCUCCGAGCUAUAAAAUAAAUACUGUAUGUAGAAUAUCAUAUAUUUUAGUAAAGACACGAAAAUAAUAUAUUCUCCAAAAGUAGAUAUUCGGUUAAUUAGUUAUAAGGGAAUAAGUUAAUAAUCUUUAAUUCAUUUGAAUUUAAAUAGAAUAGAUGUAGAUAAUUCUGUUGCAACUGAAUGUAGAUAUUCUCAAAUUGUUAACGACGUAAACAGUGCACUUACUUCAUCUUCUCCAAAUGCAUGUGUUCAAUAAAUUAUUAACAUAUUUUCAGAGCUUACAAUCAAAUAAGAAUAUCAUGGAAAAUACGUAUAUGAAUACCAAACUUGACACAUACGAAAACUGAAAUAAUCAAAUAAUAUGGGAAAGACGUAAAUGAAUGCCAAACUUGACAUGAACUUCAUAUUUAUUACAAAUCAGAAACUGGAUUUAGAUUAGAUAUAUAGUACAUGUCGAUCUGAAAAACAAAAGCACUCUUGAUUAUUUUAUAUAUUUUCGUAGGCAAUGUUAUAUAUGUGAAGAUGAUAUUAGUUCAUUUUGAUUUAGAUUAGAUAUAUAGUACAUGUCGAUCUGAAUAGUUAAUUUUGUCGUUUAUUUAAUACAACUAUUAUUAAGGAUUGAAAAUGUAUUGUGACCAACUCUAGUAAAUAGUUCAUUUAAAAAAAAAUCACACAUGAAUUAAGGUUGUGACUUCUAUUUUAAUAUACUCUUAUUUGCUGUUGCUAUUCUCUUGGUGAUUAGUCUCUCCAUCCUCAAAGCCCUCACUGUCCUUGUGUUAACUGAAACUCAUGUUAACAUAGUGAAGUAAGUUACGGUGUCAUGUUAUAGAUCAUGGAUGAUCUGAUUGGUUUGUACCUCGUUCUAAGUCAGCAACAUUAAUGUCCUCAACUUGAACAGGAAGGAUAGUGUCUUGGUUGUAUUGUAUGUCUUGCUGGGGGCUUUGCAACUUCUUCUUGCGCGGAUGCUUCUUCGUUGCUGACGGGCAAGCCUCCCAUUAGUUUCUGUGAAUGUUAUUCAAACCGGAAAAAUGAUGAUGAUGGUGUGGAUAGUACAGGACCACUUUGUCUUCUCUGGGAUCUCGCUGAAGGUGCUUUGCCUGUCACUGCUACUGGUGUCUUCACCAUGACUUCUUGCAAUCUAGAUGGUAGAGAAAUCAAUGAUGGAGAGUCUGAAUCAAAAAUGCGUGAAAGUAUGCAAGGGUUUGUUAGUAACGGAAUGCUGAGUGCAUUCCAUUCACUAUGUGCUUUUAGUAUUUUGUUGUGAGAGUCGUACAGACUCUCUGCAACUGUUACUGGUUUAUUAAAGCUAGGAGGAGAUAAGUAUGUAAAAUCUUGGAUAGUAUCUACUGUUUCAGAACUUAGUGCAAAUGGCAUUAGGACUUAUAACAUGUAGUGAAGUGUCGCUUAUAAAGGUUUAUAGAAGUUAGCAUCUUGGGUUUUCUUGAUUGUGAUCAUCACUGAUUAGUGUUCUUAUUUUGUUGAGAAGUUUCAAACAUUUUGUUGUACAUAGUACAUGAAGAUGUUUGAGAUGCUUGUUAUCAUCACGUAAGAAUGUUUUACUCUG